UGCUCACUGAGUCAACUGUGUUGCUCAAGAAGGGCUGAUGUAAAUUCCCACUAAACUAUGUUUGAGGAGUGCUCAUCUACUACAGUGUUUGUCAGGAGUUCUGUUCUUUCCUCUAAAGCGAAGCAAACGCACUGAAUGGGGACAAAUAAAAUAGGUCCGGGUCCUAGACGUGCGCGUUCCCGGGUUGUGAAAGCGAAAGUGAAGCUCACCUGGGAAUCCUGGAGGGCUUUUUCCACCAAAAGUCAAAAGGCUUCGAUUGAAAGCAUGGUGCCCUGCCUUCUUCUAUUGUCAUCGAUUGUCAACGCAGUUCAAGGACUGUUAUCAAAUUCAAACGUUCCAUCGCCAGAAAUAAUUGAGGUACGAGGUGACAUAAAAGCAAACAGGAUUAAUAUUGCCUGGGUGGAUGAUCCCUCCUUGGUUGGCGAGAAGUUAUUAACUUAUGACAUUGAAAUCUACAUCUCGGGUCAGAGGGAAGCUGUGCAUAAUGAUGCUGUUUCAAUAAGGCCAGAGCAGUCAGUGGCUCACACCUGGAGCUGGGUAUCCCCCAUGCCCCUGCAGUGUCUUCAGCACUCUGUCAGGCUCCGGCUCCAACGCAGAGAUAGCAACUGGACAGAUCUCAGACAUGUAACAGGUCCAGACCUUAGUUAUUCCAUUCCCAACGAGCCGAAAGUUUACCCAAAAGAUGACACUGUAAUGGUUAACAGCAGAAAGCUGUUCUGUUGUAUUAUUCCCAAUGAAAGGAAUCUAAGACAUUUGACAUAUAAUGGCUCAGUCAGGCAGCCCCUGAGGUCUGUGGGUCAAACGUACAUUUAUGAGUUGACCAUGCAGCCAUCCCCCACAGGAGGCAACGAUCUUGCGUGUGAAACAGACGAUGGCGAUGAUGGAGCAUCCGUAUUUGUUGGUUAUUCUCCCCAAGUUCACAACUUCACCUGCGAGACAAGAAACCUUGUUGAUCUUGAGUGCUCUUGGACACAGGGAGAUGAUCGAAACCUUUGCGGGAUAAGACAAACUAAAUAUACUCUGAGUGGAAGUCCAGUUGAACCACCUGUGAACCGCAAGUGUACAGUUGGACCACAAGAGGACACAUGGUGGAAGAAGCGGCUCAGCAUCAGCUCAAGUCAAGGAGAAGCGUCGUGGACUCUCACAGCCAAAAACGCACUUAAUGAAACGACCUUCACUUAUACAGCCAACCCAAGACACAGGGUGUAUUUGCAGGCUCCUAGUGAUCUACAGAUCGUAUCUGUGAACUCUACCAGUGCCAGGCUGGAGUGGCAGUGGCCACGUGCCAAUCUCACUUCAUUACCAAUGCAAUGUGAAGCACAGAUACGGCUCAACACUGACAUGGCACAAAGCAUGAAUAAUAAGAUCGAGGCAUCAACAGGAAUAAACCUGCACGGCAUGACACUACGAGGCCUUCACCCCUACAGCAGCUAUGUCGUUAAGGUGCGAUGCCAAGCAAGUGAGCACACCUAUAAAUCGGGGGACUGGAGUGAAGAGAUCUCAUUCCAAACCAAAGAGGACAUUCCUGAUCAGGUGGAUGUCUGGAUGGCCGUUGACAGCAGCAACACAAUCACCAUAGUAUGGAAGGACCUAUCAGUUGAGAAGAGUCAUGGGGAGCUUAUAGACUACCAACUGUCAUGGGGUCAGUCUAACAAGAGCAUCCGCCCCAAACAGCACUGUUUCAGCACGAGUGGGGUCGGAGAGGGCACGAGGAUCAGCAUCGUGGCCUCCAACACUGCAGGCCUCUCACCGCCCUCAACCAUCAUGACUCAUUCGUAUCGAGCAGGCAUGGAGGUUGUCCGUGUCAGUGGCAGCAAUGGGAGUCUGGAGCUAUCCUGGAGGUCAGAGGCUGCUGCCAGCUGUGGAUACAUACUGGACUGGAUACCUGUAAACAGCCAGGACACAUGUGACCUCAUGUGGAAGAAGAUACCAGCUGGACACAACAGCACAACCAUCAAGUCAGGAGAGCUUCUUAAGGAUGGCGAGAGGUACGCCUUCUCUCUGUACACCUGCACUUCCACCUCGCCAGAACUGCUGUGGAGGUGGGAAGGAUAUGGCCAACAGCAAGCCCCAAACGAGGCCCCUGGCAGCGUCCUGGCAAAGCAGGAUGGCCUGGAUGUUGUGCUCAGCUGGAACGAGAUCCCGGUGGAGAACCGGAGAGGCUUCAUUCUGGAAUAUCUCAUCAAGUAUUACCCCAGCUCCCACCAAAACAUCGGACCACCUAAGACAGAGAGGGUUUCGAGCAAUAUGACAAGAGUUCGCAUUCAAAAUCUUCUUGCUGAGACGUAUGAGUUCUACAUAAGUGCUCGCACGUCUGCAGGUGAAGGUCGAGCAGAGAGAAUUGUGGUUACUCUCACCUCACAGGUUUAUCAGAUCUUUGUAUACUGCACCGCAUCCCUGGGGGUCAUCAUCAUACUGGUCCUGCUCAUCACCCCUCUGUGCUACCGGAAAAGGACAUGGUUAAAAGACAAAGUUUACCCUGAUAUUCCAGCCCCUCACCUGGUUAUGUCUGACUCAAAGGGAAUAUACGACGGCCAACUGAUGAAGGUAUCUGCUGAGCACGUGGCACGUAUCAUGGCUUUUCCCAUCAAGAUGAACGACGCCACAAUGAAGAAGGCAAACGGUGACGUCAUGCACAGCGAUAUCAUAGGCCCACAGCAGUCACAAGUGACCGAGGACACAGAUGACGACAACGACGACGGCCCUGCCGUUGAGGAAUCUCCUGUUUUGCUGGACAACCCCACUUACAAUGUAGAAAUGGGUGCCUUUGAGGGGGUGGACCUCCCAUUGGAAACCAUUGAAGGUUACAAACCACAGCAGCUGCCCAGUGAUUCCUCUCAUGAGGCUCCGUGUUCCCCUGUGUCCUCCUACCAAGACCUGGACACUGUGGAGCAGAACGGUCUGUUACUGUCAACUACAAAGGACAGUCACCUGGAGAGUGAGGACUACAUUGCUGUUACUGUAGUUGGAAGCCCCGUGUCUGUUAGCUCUACGCUGCCCCUACUGGACGAGCCAUAUAAAUGCGGACAUGGAGAGCACUAGUAGCAUAGAGGUAGAAAAUAACACUAGAGAGGACACAGCAAUUUGCGACAGCACUGGGAAAUGGCAGCUGGAGCUUCCCAACUUCCGUAGGUAGUGUAGGUACUUUCAGGCAAUGCAAGUCAAUGGAGAACACGCCCACCCCUGUCAAGAAAUUAACUAAAACUGUGUAAAUAUAAAGUAACACUUUAAUCAAAGACCAGAUUUGAAAUGUCAGGCUACAUAUCUACUGAAAUCAUAUGAGUCGAUAAAAUAAAUUUAAAAAUCAAAUAAUAUAUUUUAUGAACAUAGUUAGCAACACACUUCAACUAUUGUCCUUGUAUAGUGUGUUGUUUUCACAUGAUUAAGCCAUUUUUGACAGAGGUGAGCCUCGUUCUCCGUUAAUUUCCAUUUCUCUGAUCUACCUACAGAUAAUGGCCGCUACAGAUUGCCGUAAAAGGGGGGCGGGGCGGCCCUUAUUUUCUACCUCUAUGA